UCUCUCUCUCUUUUUUUUUUUUUAAUUUUGAAGUUUAAGAGGGGAGAGAGAGAGAAGAGUGUGACAGUGUUUUCUCAACCAUCUCGAUCUUCUUCUUCUCUCUCUACUAAAGACUUUUUACUAUUUCAGUUCUAAUUUUAAGGACUAGUGAUGAUUUUCUCUGAGAUUAGUAAUUAGGAUUUUGAGAGAGAGAGAGAGAGGUGGGGUUAUUAAUGUAUGUGAAGGUAGGAACCGUAUCUGUCUCUGUCUUCUCCAAACCAUCUCUUAGGGUUUUAAUUCUGCUUAAAAAAAAUCUAGGGUUUGUUUCUGUCAGUGAUUUAUGAUGAUGAUGUGUGAGAGUGGAAGAUGAGAGUGUUGUCCAAAAACAAUGGUGGAUCGAAGAAGCGCAUUGUGUUUCGUCUCAUCCUUCUUCUUCUUGUCUCUGUUACUGUUCGACGGCGUCGCCGUUGCGAAACCACGGACUCGAUUCGACGAGCUGCUCACUCUGCUUCGUCUCAGGUCCACUCUCGGUUUAAAAGGAACCGAUUGGCCUAUCAAAGGCGAUCCCUGUCGCGUCUGGAGAGGGAUACAAUGCGACCGCAACGGUAGCAUCGUCGGGAUCAACAUCUCCGGUUUCAAGAGGACCAGGAUCGGUAAGCAGAGUCCUCACUUCGCCGUUGAUCCGCUCCUUAACCUCACUCGCUUAGCUUAUUUCAACGCCUCUGGAUUUGAGUUGCCUGGUUCUGUUCCUGAUUGGUUUGGUCUUAGUUUGACGACAUUGCGCGUCUUGGAUCUUAGCUCUUGUUCCGUGAACGGUGUUGUUCCCGUAACACUCGGUAAUCUCACUCGCUUGGUGAGUUUGAACUUGUCUCGUAACAGUCUCACCGGUUCGGUUCCGAGCAGUUUAGGGGAGCUGUCGAGUCUUUCGGAGCUUGAUCUCUCUAGGAACACGCUCACCGGAGCUCUUCCUCCUUCGUUCAGCUCGUUGCUGAACCUCACGAGUCUUGAUGUUUCUUCUAAUUACCUCACUGGUCCAAUCCCUCCCGGUGUGGGAUUGCUGUCGAAGCUUCUCUACUUGAACUUCUCAAGCAAUAGCUUCUCGUCUUCGAUUCCUCCAGAGAUUGGAGAUCUUGUUAAUCUUGUUGAUCUUGAUCUCAGCAUCAACUCAUUGUCUGGUUCAGUUCCUCUGGAGUUUCGAAAGUUAACGAAUCUGCGGAACAUGGUGAUUAGUGAUAACCUCUUGAGCGGAACUUUGCCAGCUGAUCUGUUUGGUGCUAAGAGCCAGCUUCAGAGCUUUGUUCUGAGAGAAAACGGUUUCUCUGGUAAUCUACCUGACGCGUAUUGGUCUUUGCCUAAGUUACGGAUCCUCGACAUCGCUAAGAACAACUUCACGGGGAUGCUACCCAACUCUAGCUCUGGUCCGAAUGCAGAUGUGGUCGAUAUCUCCUCGAACAUGUUCUACGGUGAGCUCACGCAGAUUCUCACAAGAUUCAGUGCUAUGUACCUCUCUGGUAACUACUUUGAAGGGAAGGUUCCAGAUUACGUCCUCAGAGCAAACGCGUCUCUGACCAGAAACUGUCUUCAAAACGAGAGGAGACAGAAGUCUUCAGAAGAUUGUUCAUCCUUCUACAAAGCUAAAGGGUUAGACUUUGAUGAUUUCGGACGUCCUAACUCUACACAGCCUACUUCUAAAAAGGCUUCUUCUACAGGGUUAAGCCGCAGGACUGUUAUUAUAUUAGCAUCAGUCGGUGGAGGUAUUGGGUUUAUUCUGAUAUUCAUUCUCUUGCCCAUUCUUGUGGCUCUAUGGAUGCGUCGAAGAGGCAGAGAGGGUCAAGGAGGGGGCGGUGACAGGCCCAAACCUGCAACGGAGGCUUCGCAGCCACCUAAAGGAGCACAGACCUUUGAUUUGUCGCGUCUUGGGAAUGCGUUUACGUAUGAUCACCUUCUCCAAGCGACAGGGGACUUCAAUGACGCCAAUCUGAUCAAACGUGGCCACUCCGGGAGCUUGUUCCGUGGCUUCUUGGAUAACGGAACGCCCAUUGUUAUAAAGAAGAUCGAUACCAAGGAGAGUAAAAACGAAGGGUAUAUAGCGGAGCUUGAGCUGUUGAGUAAAGCUGGACACCAGAGGCUGGUUCCAUGUCUUGGACACUGCUUGGAGAAUGAGGGGCAGAAGCUAUUGGUGUACAAGUUCAUGAGGAACGGAGAUCUGGCUAGCGCUUUGUUUAGGAAGUCGGACAACGAAGGUGAUGGGUUGAAGUCUUUGGAUUGGAUAACGAGGUUGAAGAUCGCUCUUGGUGCCGCCGAGGGGCUAGCUUACUUGCAUCACGAGUGUUCCCCACCUCUUGUUCAUAGAGAUGUGCAAGCAAGUAGUAUACUUCUUGAUGAUAAGUUUGAGGUACGUCUUGGAAGCCUAAGCGAGGCAUAUGUUCAAGGUGAUGCUUAUCAGAGCAGGAUUUCUCGUUUACUUCGGUUACCACAAUCGACUGAAGCAUCCUCUUCAGGUGCAGCAAAUGCAACAUGCGCCUAUGAUGUCUACUGCUUCGGCAAAGUGUUACUUGAGCUAGUCACGGGGAAGCUCGGGAUCAGCUCGCCGGACAACGCAGAGGCAAAAGCAUACAUGGAAGAAGCUUUGCAAUACAUCAGCACAAACGAGAAGGAGCUAGUGACCAAGAUCCUAGACCCGUCGUUAUUGGUGGACGAGGACCUUCUAGAAGAAGUCUGGGCGAUGGCUAUCAUCGCAAAGUCAUGCCUAAACCCAAAACCAACAAGAAGGCCGUUGAUGAGACACAUAGUGAACGCACUUGAGAAUCCGUUGAAAGUAGUGAGAGAGGAUACCAACUCUGGCUCAGGCUCUUCACGGUUGAGAACAAACUCGUCGAGAGGGUCUUGGAACGCUGCUAUAUUCGGGAGCUGGAGGCAGAGCGCGUCUGAUGUAACAGCUGUUCAAGCUGUAGGAACAACAAGUGGUGGUGGGGGUUUGAUAAACUCGGGGUCGCAAGGGAGCAGUGGAAGGAAUAAUAACAAUGGGAACUCAUCGUCGAGAAGAAGGCAGUCUAGUGAGAUUGUGCCUGAACCUGCAGCUUAUGGGGAAGAUGUAGAAGUUCUCAGGUGAGAGAGGAUAAGAUUUUUAUGAUUGGUUCAUCGAUUCUUUGCGUCGUUAAUAACCAGAGGCAAAGUGAGUCCUCUCAGGUAGCAGCAUAGAAUAUGGUUUUUUCUUCAAGAUUAUUAUUUUUCUUCGUCUCCUUAUUUAUUUUGUUUUUUUUUUUGGGUUAGGAUUGGCGGGGUUAGAAUUGUAAUUCACAUUUUCUAGAUCUUUGUAAAUUUUAAUUCUUGGAGAUUGGGUUUUCCUCGGCUGGUUAAAAGGGAAGAUUGGUUUCGUUUAAAUUUGUCAGUUCCACUUUCUUCGUUUUGAUUCCA